GCCAAGUCGCGAGUGCGACGACUGUUUGUUUGAUGACAGGAGAUAUUUCGUCUUGGCCUCGUUCACUGCAAAAACCAACUAUCCACUUGCAGGCGAAGUAUAUUUGGGUGCACAGCCUAAUGAACAGCGGUCGCUUGGUAUUGCGCGCAAUCUUGUUAUGCGACUCAGCAACCAAUAUUUGGACAGGGGGGCGAAUAUUACGAUGGACAACUUUUUCACAAGUUAUGAACUGGCGGAAGAUUUGCUUCUGUGGAAUACUACGUUGGUGGGCACAAUACGAGGCAAUAAGCCACAAUUGCCAAAACUAUUUACAUCCUUUGAAGAGGCAAAAAAAGAGGUGUUUUUGAAGCUGUGAUUUGUUUUUCAAAACCAAUGCAAUUAGUAAGAUUUACAACACAUUCGAAGAAAAAUGUGCUAGUGCUUUCAACUGCUCAUGCCAGCGAAGAUGUAAACCCUAUAACAAAAAAACCACAAGUCAUACAUGAUUAUAAUGAGCAUAAAGGUGGUGUUGAUACAAAACAAAAACAAACCACUGGCCCAUGGGAUUAUUUUAUAAUAUGCUGGAUAUUGCUGGGCUUGCAGCGUUCAGGCUGUUUGAUGUUAGUCACCCUAUGUGGAACACCCAUAAGUCUGAAAAGCGUAAAAUAUUUUUGAAAGAACUCUUUAUGGAGCUAGCGCAAAAGCAAUUACAAAACCGAUGCAAAACAAAAAUUAAUUCUACAACUAAAAUUGCAUUGGACUUGAUCAAUUUCAAACGGUUUCCUGCAGUGGUGAGUUCGCGUCCAUCAAUAAAGGUCAACACUUUGAAACGGCGGUGUGAAACCUGCAAAACUAAUAAGAUCGAUAAUAAAACAACAGCAGUUUGUGACCAUUUCCUUAUUCCGACAUGCACCAAACACUAUAUAAGGACGUGUGAAAAGUGCUAUUUUGCAAAAUACAAUGCCGAAGCUGAAACGGACUCAGAAAACGAUGAAUAUGUGGACAAUACUCCAAAAACGUCUACACCCAAUCAAAAUAUAUCAGAAAGACAGAGAAGAAUUUCACCCAUUUGAGCAGUUCGAAAUUAAAACUUUAUUUGAUUUUCAUAUUUUUCAAAAAAAAAAUACAUUUG